GGGGGACUCUCUCUGCGUUGCAGUUAGCAGUAUCCAAACCACAGUGAGAGCUGGAGCGCGCGGACCCGUUGCUUUGCCUCUGACCGUGGUACCCCCGUCGUUUCCCUUGCUCUCCUACCCCUCCUCUUCUGCUUUCCUUCCCUUGAGAGCUUCUUUUCCCCCCGCGAAAUAUCCUUUCUCACUCUCAAUUUUAAUAGAUCUCGGAGAAAGAUAGAAGUGACGCAUCCUUGAUCUCCUCCACAGUGGUCGUUCUCGCGCGCGCUCUUUUUUUCUCUGGAACUGGAUUUUUGAAACGACGUGGACGCGUGGAUGAUACACCGGGGCGAGAACUGGAGAUGGAGUUGCUCGUGAUCAGCCUCUCCUUAUGGAUCCUGCAGUGCCGCUCAGCUCGCGCGGACUCCAUUAUUCACAUCGGAGCUAUUUUUGAACAAAACGCCGUACGGGACGACGAGGUUUUUCAGCUUGCCAUUUCAGACCUGAGUUUGAAUGACGACAUCCUCCAGAGCGAGAGGAUUACCCAUUCUAUCAAACUUAUCGAGCCCAACAACCCCUUCCAGGCAGUACAGGAAGCCUGUGAGCUCAUGAAUCAGGGGAUACUGGCAUUGGUGUCAUCGACGGGAUGUGCUGCAGCCAACGCGCUACAAUCUCUGACGGACGCCAUGCACAUUCCUCACCUGUUCAUUCAGAGGAACGGAGACGGCACACCCCGCGCUGAGUGCCAGCUCAAUCCCAGCCCCGACGGAGAGCGCUACACGCUGGCCGCACGCCCUCCUGUGCGUCUAAAUGAUGUCAUGAUCACGCUUGUCUCUGAACUGCGCUGGCACAAGUUCAUUGUUUUCUAUGACAGCGAGUACGAUGUGCGGGGGAUGCGUGGAUUCCUGGACCAGGCGUCUCGGAUGGGUUUGGAUGUGUCUCUACAGCAGGUUGACCGGAAUGUGACAAAGGUCUUUUCUACCCUGUUCAGCACGAUGAGGAUGGAGGAGCUGAACCGUUACCGGGACACGCUCAGACGGGCCAUCCUGCUGCUCAGCCCUCGCACUGCCCAGGUCUUCAUACACCAGGCAGUGGAAACGAAUCUAGCAUCCAAAGAUAGUCACUGGGUGUACGCCAAUGAGGAGGUUAGUGACACAGAGAUCAUGGAGCUUGUCCACAGCGCUCUGGGCCGGAUGACAGUGAUCCGGCAGAUCUUCCCCCUGUGGAGGGACUCCAACAUCCGCUGCAUGAGGAACAAUCAUCGGAUCUCCUCGUUGCUUUGCGACCCACAGGAAGGGUACCUGCAGUCUCUAGAGGUGUCUAGUCUGUACCUGUAUGACAGUGUGCUGAUGUUGGCCAAUGCCUUCUACCGGAAGUUAGAGGACAGGAAGUGGCAUAGCAUGGCCAGUCUGAACUGCAUGAGGAAGUCAACCAAGCCUUGGAACGGAGGCUGGUCCAUGCUGGACACCAUCCAAAAGGGACGGAUUUCUGGGCUCACUGGUUUAAUGGACUUCCGAAGCAAUGGAGCGAACUCUCAUGUCCAGUUUGAGGUCCUGGGGACCAGUUACAGUGAGACGUUUGGAAAAGAUGUAAAGCGGCUGGCGACGUGGGACUCUGACCGUGGGCUGAACGGCAGUCUGAGGGAGAACCGGGCCGAGCAUGGCAUGCAGGGAGUUACUCUGAAAGUGGUGACCUUACUGGAGGAGCCCUUCAUAAUGGUGGCAGAAAACAUUCUAGGUCAGCCCAAAAGAUAUAAGGGAUUUUCCAUAGAUGUUCUGGACGCCCUGGCCAAAAUUCUGGGCUUUAAGUAUGAAAUGUAUCAGGUGGCUGAUGGGAAAUAUGGAUCUCCUCAGGCCAACGGGUCUUGGAACGGAAUGAUUGGAGAGCUAAUUGGAAAGAGGGCAGAUGUGGCUAUUUCAGCCAUCACCAUCACUCCGGAACGAGAGAACGUGGUGGACUUCAGUAAACGCUAUCUGGAUUAUUCUGUGGGAAUCCUGAUGACUAAAACAGAAGAGAGACUCAAUAUCUUCUCCUUGCUGGCACCGUUUGACCUGGCAGUGUGGGCCUGCAUUGCUGCUGCCAUUCCUGUGGUGGGUGUCAUGGUCUUUCUGCUCCGACGCGUCCAGUCUGUCCGCUCCCAGAAUCCUCCUGGGCCCCACCAGCCUGCUUCUGUCACGACGUCCUUCCAAAGUGCCAUCUGGAUCGUCUACGGAGCCUUUGUACAGCAAGGUGGUGAAUCCCUCAUGAGUUCAUUGGCUCUCAGGAUUGCAAUGGGAAGCUGGUGGCUAUUCACCCUUAUUGUCUGUUCAUCUUACACAGCCAACCUGGCAGCCUACCUCACCGUGUCCCGCAUGGAUAACGCUAUUCGAACAUUUCAAGACCUUUCCAAGCAGACAGAACUGAGCUACGGAACGGUGAGAGAGUCUGCUGUGUUCGAGUAUUUCAGGGUGAAGGGCACGAACCCCCUGGAGCAAGACAGCACUUUCUCCGAGCUGUGGAGAACUAUCAAUAAAAAUCAGGGACAGGACAACUCUGUGAUCUCUCCUGCUGAAGGCAUCCGCAAGGUGAAGCGGGAUCCAUACGCCUUCCUGUGGGACUUGGCAGUGUUAGAGUAUGCAGCUCUGACAGAUGACGAUUGUACGCUGGUGGUCACAGGAAACAGCAUGAGCAGCAAAGGAUAUGGCCUGGCUCUGCAGCACGGCAGCCCCUACAGAGAUCUCUUCUCGCAGAAGAUCCUUGACCUGCAGGAGAAAGGAGACCUUGACAUUCUAAAGCAGAAGUGGUGGCCUCGGAAAGGUCGCUGCGACCUGGACAAGCACGUGGAGCCUCAGCCGGAGGGCCGUGCCCUGAGACUGCACAGCUUCGCUGGGGUCUUCUGCAUCCUAGCAGCGGGGCUGCUGCUGGCCUGCCUGGUGGCCGCUCUAGAGUCUUGGUGGAACGGGCCACGCUGCCAACGGGCACAGCCCAAAGAGGACACUAAGGGCUGCACUCUGGAGAUGGCAUCUGGCUCAUUGGCAUAUAAUGAAAUUGCAACUGCUGCAGGAUGCGCACGGGACGUUUGGCCAGAGAGAGAAAGAGACUGGGAAGACACGCAGGCUUUUUACACAGGACAAAGAGAUGGAUCUGGAGCAGGUUCACCAGCGUUUGAGUGGGCUGAUGGAGGACGAUCUGGUGCACAAGCAGCUGCCAGGUCAGUCUCUGGAGAUCUCUGCCCUGGACAUGGGCAGCAUGCGUCCACAGCAGAGCUCCCAGGAAGCCAUGAGAGAUUUCCCCCGUGGGGGCCUGUCCGUGACUUCGUUCCUCCAAGAGGGUCCUGGGGUCGGCCGCGUGCCCGGACGGAGCCUCCCCCUCCCUCUCAGCAGUUCCACUCUGCCGCCCUCCAUGCGCUGCAAACACCGGGCGCCCAACGGAGGCCUUUUCCGCCAGAGCCCCGUAAAGACACCUAUGCCCAUCUCUUACCAGGCAGUGCCCGGGGGACCCAUCCCAGAAGCCAUUGAUCCAAGCCAUGGGACCUCUAUUUGAACCAACCUGUCAGAGCGUUCUAAAGACUGCCAACCAGCCAAUCACAAAAACUGAGUUUGAACCAGGUCUGGUUGCAUUUAUAUAAUUACAUACAUACAUACAGAUAUGGAGAUCUCUUUUUUUCAGUACAGAUACUUAUGACUGUGAGACGCUGAAUUUCCUUGCCUGUACAUAUUUGUAUAUAAUGAGAGACAGCAGUGAAGUCAAAGUGUAUUUUGAAUAUUCAUGAUUUUUUUGAAGUUGAGUUUAAAAGACGUAAUUACAUAACAUACAGACUGUUUGAAUGGCUUUGUAAAUUUUGUUCUAAAAUAAAAUUGAGAAUUCCUUGUG